GGGCACGCUGGCGGCGGGCAGCCUCUACCGCCGCGGCGAGGCCGGCAGGGCGCCGGGAAAGCAUCGGCGGCGGCAGAGAGCGCAGCGCAGCGCCACCCCGGCCCCGCACGCCGCCACGGUCCCGAGGCAGGCCCGCCGGUAACCCGGCCCGGCCCGUUAUUCUGUAGCCCAGGCAGCAGAGGGGCGCUGGCAGCGCCGGGGCCGCCUCCGCCGCGCUCGAACGGCGCGGAGUAGAGGGGGGGGGAGGCCGCACCAGCCCCCACCCCCGGGAGUUUUAAAGGGGCAGCGCCCCGGCGCGGCGGCGGGCCCGGGGGUGCCGGGCAGGGAGGCGGCAACGGGGCCGGUCCCGCCGGUGCGGCCCGCGCGGCGGGCGGGCGCGGGAGGGAGGGGCGGGCGGGGGCUGGGUGUCUCCUGCUGCUGCUGCUGCCGCCACAGCGCUCGCCGCCUCCCCUCCCCCCCGGCGGGGGCUCCUCGCUGCAGCCUCUGUGCUCCGCUCUCGGUCAUGUGACCCUAACGUAACCGGACAGGAAAAGCCGCCGCCGCCGCCGCCGCCGCGCUGACUCCGUUGUUGCUGCUGCUGGGCGCGGAGACGGCGGCGGCCCGCGCGGCACCAGGCGCCUCGGCGGCCCGCGCCCCCCAGAGUGUAAAAAAAUGGAUUUGGCCAACCAUGGACUUAUUCUGCUGCAGCAGCUAAAUGCCCAGAGAGAGUUCGGUUUCCUGUGUGAUUGCACAGUGGCCAUUGGUGAUGUCUACUUCAAGGCACACAAAUCAGUCCUCGCUUCUUUCUCCAACUACUUCAAGAUGUUGUUUGUUCAUCAAACCAGUGAAUGUGUCCGCUUGAAAGCGACUGACAUACAGCCAGAUAUCUUCAGUUAUCUCUUGCAUUUGAUGUACACGGGGAAGAUGGCACCGCAACUUAUUGACCCAGUUCGACUAGAACAGGGAAUAAAGUUUCUGCAUGCAUAUCCACUAAUUCAAGAGGCCAGCCUUGCAAGUCAGGGAACCUUUUCUCACCCGGAUCAAGUUUUUCCAUUAGCAUCUUCAUUAUAUGGCAUUCAGAUUGCAGAUCACCAGAUAAGGCAUCCCACUAAGGUUUCAUCAGCAACUGACAAACUCGGGCGAGAACCAAGGCCACAGACGUCGCGAAUGAACCAGGAGCAGGUUUCCGAAGGCUCGCAGCUCUCGCAGUUAGCUACAAAUCUGCCACAAGUGACCCGGACGAAUAUGUCUGCUUCUGACCCAUUGCCAUCUUCUUUAUCUCCAGAAUUGGUAUCUGCUGCUGGUAAUAAUUCACCUUCAGGAGAAGAGGCCAACAUGGAAGCAUCUUCUUCAGAUGAACAGCCUGCCUCACUCACAAUAGCCCAUGUCAAGCCAAGCAUUAUGAAAAGGAAUGGAAGCUUCCCAAAAUACUAUGCCUGCCACCUCUGCGGUCGCCGGUUUAAUCUGCGAAGUAGUUUGCGUGAGCACCUGCAGAUCCACACGGGAGUUCCCUUCACGUCUAACCAGCAGGGAGAAAGCAAUAUGUCUUUGUCUCUCUGUAAUAACACAGGUGAUAAAGAUGCCGUGGAAGUGCCUGAAGCAGGGAUGAUCAGUGACAGCGAGCUGCAGCAGAUCUCAGACUCCCCAAUAAUUGACGGGCAGCAGCAGUCAGAGACACCGCCCCCCUCUGAUAUCGCAGACAUAGACAACUUGGAGCAGGCGGAUCAAGAGAGGGAAGUAAAAAGACGGAAAUACGAAUGUUCCAUCUGUGGUCGCAAAUUUAUUCAGAAAAGCCACUGGAGGGAGCACAUGUACAUACACACUGGCAAGCCCUUCAAGUGCAGCACUUGUGACAAAAGCUUUUGUAGGGCUAACCAGGCUGCCAGACACGUGUGCCUAAACCAGAGCAUGGACACGUACACCAUGGUGGACAAACAGACUCUGGAACUCUGUACUUUUGAGGAAGGCAGUCAAAUGGACAACUUGCUAGUACAGACCAACAAGCCCUACAAAUGUAACUUGUGUGACAAAACGUUUUCCACUCCCAAUGAAGUAGUCAAACAUUCGUGCCAAAAUCAAAACUCUGUCUUUACACUAGAAGAAGAUCGCUCCAUUCUGCUAGGUGGUGGGGACACAGAAGCCACAGAGACUGAUAAUGCAGUGUUAGCCUCCAUCAAAAAGGAGCAGGAAGCAGUGUUGUUAGACUGAAUGUGAAACCUGUAUCAAUUUUUUAAAGUUUCUUUACUCAUUUUUUAUUAAAUCAAUUUUUUCCUCCCCCCACCUCUUACCUCACAUACCCCUGCCAUCUUUUCCACCUGCCUCCUUCCCACCCUUUGUCUUCAGCAACCAGAACUGUACCGGCACGUUAGGAAAUUGGACUUUGCCUCUCCCACCAAAACAAACAAAAAGCUUUGCGUCAAACCACAACAUAAUUGAUUUUAAUACAAAGGAACAUGUGAAAAAAUAAUCCAGCUAACUAUGUUGAUAGUAUUAGUUAAUCCAAAUUUAAUAGAUUUUAAACAAAAUUUAGAUUGCUUAAAAGUGUAUUUAGAUACAAUGAUGAACGUAAUGAGAAAGAGAGCAUCAGUUUGGUAAGCAAAGAAAAAAAAUAUAUAUAUUUAUAUUAGUUUCCCUGGUAAAAGGCAUUUUGAGAUCUGGCAGAUUAAAACACCAUGCUUUUUAGAAGUCCAUGUGCAAGUUGGUUAAGGUUAUAACUUAAAACUCUCAGAACUUUUCUCAGUGAAUGUAAAAAUCUCUGUUCAUUGAGUUAAAAAGAGCUGCGGGUGUCGGGUUUCUAUUAGCCUUACAUUUUCCUUCACGUAUGCCUUUGGGUAUCUGUUUCAGAUAGCAUCAUUGAGUCAAGCAAAGUAGUUACUUGGUCAGUUUUGACUUAAGUAGCUGAAAUAAUAAUGUGAUGGCAAUCUUUAUAUAUAUAUAUAAAAAACACUGUAUAUGUAUAAAGAUUUUUAUAUAUAUAUAUUUAGAAAGUGUUUGUGUGUAUAUUGGGUACAGGCAAAUAAAUGCACACGUCCUUUUUAAGUAACGGGCCGUCUACGCUCAGAUUCAGCCCAGAAAGUCUUUUCGUUGUUUGACAAAACUAGUCAUGGCACGGUUAUUUUUAAUCAAAUGUAAAGCAUCCCAAGCUGUGUGCAUUUUUAUUGGCCUGUUGAGGAGAAGCUAAGUGUUGUCACCCAAGCUACAAAGGGAACUAGAGAAUUCCAUACUGGUGAGCAUCGUGCCAUUGUUAGCGCAGCACAAGCAUGGAUUGUUAGCUGUAGGUUUGAGUCAUUCUGGAUGGAAGGAAAGAGACAAGCUUUUUACCCAGGCAAGGAAUGUCCACAAUUUCAUUUGGUUUAAUGGCAUGAGUUAAGAGGAAAAAGUGGUGCAGAGACAUUGUAGUAAUAGGGGAUCAUGGUUGUUUUAAAGUGAAUCUGUAGUGCUGGCUGGCAAAUUUUGCUCUGUGAGCGUCCCAUUAUUUUCAAAGCCAAGACAAAGUCUGCAAAACCUGAAAGGAUUCUGUAGUUAGUUACUGCUGACGGUAGCACUGCAUCUUUGUGUUCAAAAUCAAGUUGUUGAUUCUUCUUAUUUUAUAUAGAUGCCCGGACUUCUUGCUGGUAGUCUAAAACCCUAAACUGACAGCAGCAAUGAAGCCCACCGAGCAAUUACUGGGCCAACAGAAGGCGUAAGCGGACAGAAUAAGUGCCCCAUCGUAAAUGGAGACGGUGUGUGUUUUGGGGGGAGGGGCGGGAGAGGGCAAGUCACAAACUACAGCUCUUCUCUGCAUAUACAUUUAAACUGAGUAUCAUCUUUUUGUGUAUAGUUAAGUUCUCAGAUUUGUAAGUUUUUAUACAUCAUUUCAUUGAAUAAAAACUGAAUUAAAUGGGAUAUGAUUUAUUGAGUUGAAGGUGAAAGGUUGUUGGCUUUCAGCCUUCCUGAAAGAGCUCUUACUGAACUGGUUUAAAAGCUAAGCAAUGUAUUCUGUUUGUCAGACUGAAACCUCCAUCAUACAUCUGAACAAAUAGUUUACUAAAGGUUAAAGCAGUGGAUUUAGCACAAAAAAAAAAUCACUGCAUACUCAUUUUUUUCCAGUUUAUUAUAAUGUGACAAUUAUUGUAAAGCUUAUUGUAAGUGGUGUUGAGUUUAUUAUCUCUCUUGUAUUAGAGUAAUAAUUUAAAAUCAAUUUAUUUUACUUUGAAGUAUAAAAGUGUUUUGAGGUAAAAAAAAACCAACAUCUUACGCAAUUAUUUUAGUGUUGCCCAUUUUAAAACUGGUUUAGGAUCUUCCAGUAUAAUUUCUUUUUUAUUUCAUCUCACUUAACCUGAAAUGCUCUCAGAGUAGGAAAACAAAAGAAUACAUCUUUUCUGAUUCAGGGUAAGGUUGGCUUUUGAGGUAGCUGUGGUUUAGGGGGUAGUCACAACUUCAUUUCCAAAAUGACUACAGCUGCCAAAGGUGCUGCUGCCUCAGCUAUCAGCUACUGCUUAGUCAGAUGCUCAUGUUUUUUCAGAGCUCCAGCUCUGCUCCCGUGCAGAGUACAACAGCUCAACGUUCCAGGUAGCUGGUUGCCUCAGAGGGGUACACAUGGAUGGCCACACCAUUUUUUGUGAGACAUUCAGCAGCCCCAGGUUUUUACCUUAUUCCUACUCUCACCUCUCCUUCUCCAUUGUUUGGAGAACAUGUUGAAUGGGCUCAAGUGUUGAAAAACAACCAGUCUUUAAAAGUGCUAUUUUUCUGUAAAAUUUGUUCCCUGUUUCAGCUUUGCAGAGGGUUUUAGGCAACUCAUGGAUUGCACAAGGGCAGAAACAAGCAGGGAGGAGGCUUACUGAAGCCAGUGUUGCUGCUGGCAACAUCCAGGCUGAAGAGGGUGGGAAGUGAUGACUCCCACAUGGGCAGACCCUCAUCUGGUGGGCAGCAUGGCCUCCCAGCCACUGUGCUGCCCAGAAAGAAUGGACAGCGUAGGGCAGGGAACAAGCAGCCAGGGAAGAAGUUGGUUAUGACAGCACUGCUGUGGCCAGAAACACGAAAAUGCAGGCCCAGAAAAGAUACUUUGAACUGUUCAUAUUUAUUCUUAAGAAAUAAUACUGUUAGGUAAAGAGAAAAAAAAAAAAAAAAACGUAAUAAAGAGAUUAUUUUUAUAUGUGUUCAGAUAUGAUAAUGAUUUAUUUUAAAUACCUGUUACUGUCUGAUGCUCCCUAGUGAUGUUUAAGUCAUUGUCUCUCACUGCUUGAGUGGUUUUGUUCCUCUACAAUGAAUUAGGAACAGUAUAUUCUGGUUAUUAACAGCUGCAUCAAGAAUUUGGGUAACUACAGUUAUAGUUUUGUUCAAGAUUCUUUAUUAAAUCCUGCCUGAAUUAUUAUUACAGUUAAGGAUAACUUUAGUUUUUAACUUUAAAUUUUUGACUUGGAAGUUUGUGACCCAGUUGCUCAUUACUCAGUCAAUCUGCUCACCUGCUGAAGUUGUGAAUUUUCUACCAAAGAAGACAGCUUUGCAGGAACUGCUGACUAACCAGUGAAAAUCAGCCAUCAUUCAAGGCUGCGGGCCAGCCUUCAGCUCCAGUGUGUUUCUGAAGGAGUAACUUCAAAGUUAAUUUCCACUUGACAAGACACCUCUGCCUUCAGACUUCAAAAGUACCAAACACCUACAAAUUUAUGUGUUCGAUAGAAAGAAGAGACAAUGGUCACUUCUGGAAGCGAUGUUUGCAGUCCUCUCCAAUCAAUUUUUCGUGAACUUUGUGUCAAGUAUCUUCUUGGUCACUCGUCUGAUAAUCAUUCUGCUUCUGCAGGGGAGCAUUUAUUAGAAGAUACUAGUGGUUUAUGCUGCAGGGCCAUAAGCUGCUAUCUUGAUGUUUAGAAAAAUCUUUUCUGGCUCUUCAGCUCCAAAUCCCAUUAAAUAAUUGGUUCAGUCA